CGUCACCGACGUUCGAUAGCAUAAACAUUGGUAUCUUCGUUUCUGGUCGUGUUAUUUCUUGAGCUUAUCAAACCCAUCAUAUUACUGUACAGCUUUUGGACACCGUUAGUGAAUUGGGGGAUCAUCUGGCCAGAUAUAGUAUUUCAGAUUAACAAAUAUCUAAAAAUAUAAGAUGCCGUUGGAGUGGUUAUUCGGGAGUAGGAAGACUCCGGAACAGAUCCUGAAGCAAAACCAGAGGGCACUGAAUCGAGCAAUGAGAGAUCUUGACAGGGAGAGGGGAAAGAUGGAACAGCAAGAAAAGAAAAUUAUCGCUGAUAUUAAAAAGAUGGCGAAACAGGGAGAGAUGGACGCUGUUAAAAUAAUGGCGAAAGAUUUGGUGAGGACGAGAAGAUAUGUUAAAAAGUUUAUCAUGAUGAGAGCCAAUAUACAGGCAGUGUCUCUCAAAGUACAGACAUUAAGGUCGAAUAAUGAAAUGGCGAAGGCUAUGAAAGGCGUUACUAAAGCCAUGCAGACCAUGAAUAAACAACUCAAACUUCCACAGAUACAAAAAAUAAUGAUGGAAUUUGAAAAACAGUCGGAGAUAAUGGACAUGAAAGAGGAGAUGAUGAACGAUGCAAUAGAUGACGCAAUGGGUGAUGAGGAUGAUGAAGAAGAAAGUGAUGCAAUUGUUUCACAAGUUUUAGAUGAACUUGGCUUACAACUUACAGAUGACCUCGCAGGAUUACCUGGCACUGGAGGAAAGAUAUCACAAGCCGAGGGGGCUGCAAAAGAACCCCAGGCUGCUGGUGUUUGUGAUGCUGAUGCCGAUUUACAAGCCAGAUUGGAAAACCUUCGGCGUGACUAGACUACGUCUUUCUUAGAUAAAGUCCCAGGCUACAUCUACACCUCAUGUAAAAUACAGUAUUUGUUUACAAGAAAUUUGAAUGUGGGCUGCAAAGCGACUGUCCCAUUUCAACCUUUUCACCACCAGACUUUCUCGUUCAAAUUUUUCUGCACUUUUUUCUUCUAUUCUUCAAUAUUUCUGGAAAUGAACCCUAAUUUUGGAGCCAAAGUUUUUAUUUGAAAAAUAUGGCUAUUUUUGACCCAAUCUUCUGAAGAAAAGAGUAUAAACGAGACUAUUAACUAAAAAGUUAAUGCAGGAUUUCAUUCUGUUUAUGGCAAGAGGGGUUCUUAUUUCAUGAAUAGGACAUUACCCUGGGCUAUGUAAAUAAAUAUAUCUGUAUUGUUUUUAUUCAAAGCGUCUUUGUUGAUUUGUAAGUAGCAUAAGGUGCUUAUUACUGCAUCAUUCACAGAGAGCAAACAUACAAUCAAUAUACAUGUACUGUAAACCAAUUUAAUUUUCUAAAAAACUAUUUUGGCAAGUUGGGGGAAAGCGCAAAAUUUGUUUGCAGUUAGAAUGUAACUAGUGUUCUUUAGUCAGGGAAUAGUGACAAUUGUGACAAUCCCAAAAUUUAGUUUGUUAGUGAUCAUGAUGUCAUGAAAAUUUCAGGCAUUGAAUAUUUAACGCUUAGACACAUCCAUGUAAGAUCAAAGUUCUUACUCAUUUUGAGGCUGGACAUAAUUUCUACUGGGUUGGGGUUGGAUUGAGUCCAAAAAUAAAAUUUGUAGAGAAAAUCAUUUUCUUCAAAAAUAAAUAUUCAUGUGCAUGAAGACAGAAGCAAAGGUUGAUGUGGUCACUUACUGUCUGAAUGCAUUUGAUGUGAUAUUCUCUUAUUAUCAGUAUUUUUUAAUCGUUUGAUGUAUGUUUCCUAGCACUGAGUAAGCUGUAUUUUCUCUCUAUGAGCUUGCCUCUGAAACUUAACUGACAUCUUGAAAAUGGUAUAUGCAAUGUUCUGAGUUUGAAUUUCUAUGUCCUUAUGAGGUAGAAUGUCAAUACCUAGUCCAAUACCGCAAAAAUACAGUACACUGUAGCUGAUGGUGAUUUUUUAAUAGAUGUAUGAAUAACAAUUAGGAUAAUACUCGGUAAAAGAUAAAAUAUUCUACUUGAAAAUUCAAACCUAAAAACUCUCAGCAGUGGUACAGUGCUAGUUCUUGUUUGUCUGAAUUAUGAUUGUUUAUCUUGUAAUUACCCUUCUCUUCCUUGCCCAUAUUACCCCUCAAUCAUUCCUCAAUACUUUUUUUUUAUAUGAAUGUAUUUAUAUUACAAAAAGGAAAUUAUCAUUUUUAACAUCUUCAUUUUUUUCCACCUUCAUAAUUGAAUAAAAUAGUGGAAAGAAUUUGGUGAAAAUGUAUAUUUUGUAUAAUCACUUGAACAACAGUAAGAGUAUUACUGUAUUGGUAGUCAUGGUAAUUUGCUAGUUGAUCACAUUAACCCCUUAAAUACUGUAGGAUGUUUAGAGUCUACAGAACAUAGACAUUUUUACAAAGCAUCAUGUCAGAGGCAUACUAGCUACAUCGUCUUGUGGAUUACGAGGAUUUACAAAAUUAUCCAGCAACUUUUCCAUUUUUAGUUGGAGGUAAAGUAAAUUUGUUAUUUUGUAUGAUUUUUAGAUGUAUUACAUAAAGAAUAAAUUGUCAUCUAAAAUGAUAGUUUCUAA